AUGUCGAAAAACAGCUGUGGUUCAUCGUGUUCCCCUGGACGGGAAUGCGAGUGUGGACUGACUCGGUUGCUGUCGUGGGAAAACCCAACGACGACGGGGUCACUGUUUUUGGGAUUCAACCUGGUUUACUUUUUCGUUUUCGUUCUGCGUAAAUCACUUCUCUCUGUUAGUUGCUACUUCCUCCUUGUUCCCUUCGCUGCGGGUUUUCUGUUUCGUAUUCUGGACCUUGCGCCCUCCUUUGGGGAAGGCCCCGCAGAAAUCGUGAGUCGAAGUACAAUCGGUGAAAAGAUUAAUGGCUGCUACGAGAAGGUUAACCAUGUCCUGGAGUCAGUGCGCGAUGUGUUGCUAUGGAAGAAUGCCAUGUACUCGGCGAAGUGCUGCGCGUUGACGUGGGCUAUCGGCUAUGUGUCAUCGUUUUUCUCCAUGUCCUUCCUUGUUUUCUGUGUCGUGUGGAUCGCCUUUGGCCUCUCCUUCGUCAAGAAGACGUGCGCAACGCCCGUGUGCUCGUAUGUCUCCCCAUACAUCCGAGAGGCCCAAGAUUUGACGCAUCGCGUGGUUGCCGCCAUUCCCCGGAUGGAUAAUGUCACAAAGUAG